UCCCCCUCCCCAGCUGCUGGAGCUCUGCUGGGACGCCGCUUGCAGAUCCCAGCAGGGAGAAGGCGCUUUGUCAGGGACUCCCAGCAGAGCCUGGCUCAGGGGAAACCUGCGCUGUUUAUCCCAGCCCCGUGUCUGGGGAGGGAGGGCGGACCGACCGUCUGCCAAGCAGCGCCGCUCCGAUCCCUCCUUUUUUGGGUUGGAAACACUUGCUCCAGACUCUGCUGCAGCUCCGCGAGCUGCCCAAGGACGGGGAGAGCGGGGAACCGGCCACCAGCAGCAUGACCGGGAGUAACAUGGCUGACGCACUGGCCAGUGCCACCUGCGGGCGCUGCCACUCGCACUUUGACCCCUCCGAGCGGAUAGUCAACAGCAACGGGGAGCUCUACCAUGAGCAGUGCUUCGUCUGUGCCCAGUGCUUCCGGCAAUUUCCAGGAGGAGUCUUCUACGAGUUUGAAGGUAGGAAGUAUUGUGAACACGACUUCCAGAUGUUGUUUGCACCAUGCUGUGGACAAUGCGGGGAGUUCAUCAUUGGCCGUGUCAUCAAAGCAAUGAACAAUAAUUGGCACCCGGACUGUUUCUGCUGUGAGAUUUGCUCCAUCGCGCUGGCUGACCUGGGUUUUGUCAAGAAUGCGGGCAGGCAUCUCUGCAGACCCUGUCACAACCGAGAGAAGGCAAAACGCCUUGGCCAGUACAUCUGUCAGAAAUGCCAUCUCAUCAUCGAUGAAGUGCCACUCAUGUACAGGAGCGAUGCUUACCACGCUGAUCAUUUCAACUGUACCCACUGUGGGAAGGAGCUGACAGUGGAGGCCCGAGAGCUGAAGGGGGAGCUGUACUGUCUCCCAUGCCAUGACAAAAUGGGCAUUCCGAUCUGCGGAGCGUGCCGCAGGCCAAUCGAGGGGCGAGUGGUCAACGCUCUGGGCAAGCAGUGGCACGUUGAGCAUUUUGUUUGUGCAAAAUGUGAGAAGCCAUUUCUGGGACAUCAUCAUUUUGAGCGGAAAGGCCUGGCCUAUUGUGAGAAGCACUACAACCAGCUGUUUGGUGAUGUUUGCUAUCAUUGUAACCACGUGAUUGAGGGAGAUGUGGUCUCAGCUCUGAAUAAGACCUGGUGCGUUCACUGCUUUGCCUGUUCCACCUGCAAUGCCAAGCUCACCUUGAAGAAUAAGUUUGUGGAAUUUGAGAUGAAGCCAGUGUGUAAGAGGUGCUACGAGAAGUUCCCCUUGGAGCUGAAGAAGCGGCUGAAGAAAAUGUCUGAGAAGAGUGGUCGCAAAUGAGGCCUUUGGUCUCAAACUCCAGUUGAUUACAUGCAAUUCCUUCUACACUCCAUGAUAACAGUUGGUUAUAGUGGAGGGGUAGCAGUGGGUCAGUGGGAGACAGAUGGAUGAUUAAUAGAAACUAACGCUUCAUAAUCAUAUCUAGGCCGGCAUUGUAUUUUUAGAGGGCUUUUUUUGAGGGUGACCUCUUGAUGUUUGCAGUUGUAUUAUUUUGGUUUUCAGGGGCUUCCUUUCCAUUCUAACCGAUUCAUUGAGUCAGUGACGCGAUCACCUUGUAACACUGCCAACAAUAGCUUGCAUUUGAAUAGCGCCCUUAAUGUAGCAAAACAUUAUUGCCCACCUUUAGUUGAGUUCCAGUAUCAGCAAUAUUUGAGUUUGGUUUUAUUUAAUGGUUUGUCGGUUAUAUUUGUGUCAAUGCUCUAUGUAUCUGAACUGCAGAGGCAGAGUUAGAAGAAUUCAUCAAUAUCCUCAGUAACUGCUUGCAUUCCACUAAACAUAAUGCCUCUAUCCUGCUGUAUUUAACUUGACACAACUGGCAUUAGUUAGCAACAAAUCUUGUGAGCGAUUGAGAGCAGCUAGUGUUUUAAGAAACAGUUCCUCAAAGUGACCAUUUGUGGUGGUGAUCUUGUUUCUGAUUGCUUUGUCUUUGAUGGAAUUUUCCCUGGUAUCAGCAGGUUUUUGAGAAUAUCUGUAGCUCAGGUUGAGGUCCUGGAUGUAGGUUUGCUCGUUGAGCUGGAAGAUUCAUUUUCAGACGUUUCAUCACCAUCCUAGGUAACAUCUUCAGUGAGCCUCUGGACGAAGCCCUGCUGAUGAUUCCUGCUUUCAGGAAUCUAUAAGCUAUAUUCUGCGGGCAGCACAGUGGCUCAGCAGUUAGCACUGCUCCCUCACAUCCCAGGGAGUUUGCAUAUUCUCCCUGUAU